AUGGCGACAUCAUCCAAGCAGAAAGAGCAGACACACUGGCUAGAUCGCUACGCCGCAGGUUUCCACACCUGGAUGACCUGCGUCGGUAGAGAUGGACAGACGGCAUUCCAGCGCCCGCUCGGGCUAGUCGAGACGUCCUUCGACUCGGACGGCGCGUACUACGGCGGGCGGGCAGACAUGACCGGAACCCUGAGCUGCGAAGUGCGCCACGUGCUGUCUGCACACGACUUCCGCCGCAGGGUCGCCGCCGCGUGGGCUUGUCUGCGGCUGCGGCAUGUGUUGCUGUUGAGCCGGCGGUGCGAGGAUGGCGGGCUGCGGUGCUUCCGGGUCGAUGUGCCGCGGAGUGUGGAGGAGGCGGUGCGGGAUGUCGAGGAGAGUACGACGUGGGUGGGUGAGUGGUAUGGGGAGGUUGACGAGUGCGAGUUGCACGAACACGCGCUGAACGUGGCGCGCGUUGUCGAGCCGGAAGAGUGUCUGUCUAAACUGCUUGUCUUGCCGCUGCAAAGACUGCCGGGGGGGAAGACGUAUCAGCUGCGCUUCCUGAUUGUCAUGGCGCACCAGAUUUCCGACGGGCUGAGCGCGUAUGGGUGGUUUAAGGAUUUCAUCCGCAUUCUGAAUCUGCCGGCUGUCGCCAUGGAAGAGGAGAUCAAGGCGUGUCUGCACCCUGAUGCAGUGCGGGCGAGACUUCCGCCAGCGCAGGAAGAUCUCUAUCCUCGGAUCCUAGGGAACAAGGCUCGCCAGCGCUGGAUAUGGGCGAUUAUCCGCGUGCUGCGACACGUCAAGAAGACGCCCCCGCCGACGUUCCCCAACCCUCUGUACCGCGCACACCGCCUGUCAGAACCCGUCGCGCUGGAGCCAAUCUACUCGAAACUGUUCUCGUACCGUGGGGACAACAUGCCACCGCUCUCCACAGGCCACCUGACCGCGACGCUCUCCCCCGCCGCCUCAGCCCGCCUCAUCACGCUCUGCCGCGCCGCCAAGCUGAGCAUAGGAGCCGGCUGCUUCGCGCUGGCCGGCCUCGCAAUGAUGGACACGCACGCCGCGCAGCAUCUCGACCCCAGCACGCCACCCACCCAGAUCCCCGCAAUGACAGCCUCCUUCCCCCUAAACCCCCGCGCCUUCUUCGCCGACCCCCCACCCGCCGAAAGCUGCAUGCUAGCCUUCUCCGACGGCAUCGUGCUGCCCUUCCUCCCGGCCACCUUGCCCAUAGAACCGCGCUUCCGCCUCGCAGCCCGCACCGCGAACCGCGAGCUGCGCGCGUACCAAAAGCGACUGCGCACCACGGGCGGCGGGCGCGUGAGUGCGGGGCUCGACCGCCACAGUCCCGCGCGCCUGCUGGCUGCCGGGUACGUGAGCCAGAUUGAGCGCGGGGGUAGUAAACUGCCGGCGGACCGGCGCAGGGGGUUUGCGAGUCCGCAGGGGCAGCUGCAGGCUAGUGGGGGGUUUGCGGCGACGUGUGGUGUCAGUUCUGUGGGGAGUCUGAAGGGGUAUUUCAGGCCUGGAGAGUAUGAUUUGGCGGACGAGACUAAAGACUUCGUGGUCGAUUAUAGGGGGUUGAGGAUGGGUGUUCGAGCGCGGGAUGGCGAGUUCUUGGUCGGUAGCUCGACGGACGCAGAGGGCCGGGUGGGGUUUGGCGUCAGCUAUGAUAUGAAUGCGAUUGAUCGAAAGACGGCGGAGAGGUGGGCUGAGACCAUUACCGGGUUGUUGGAGAAGCGUGGUGGGUCGAGGCUGUAG